AUGGUCGCAAUUGCCGCGAUUCGUGCACAGAAUGCCAAAUUUGCCGCCCAGAAACACGCCAACAAGGUCUGCGUCUUCGUGGGAGCGACCAACGGCAUCGGCGAGAGCACCCUCAAGGCCCUCCUCACCCUCCUGUCAUCACCCACCAUAUACGUCGUGGGCCGAUCGGCCUCGCGAUGGGAAGUCCAGCACCAACAAUUACGCCAGCUAAACAGCCAAGCCAAGUUCAAUUUUGUACAAGCAGAGGUCGCUACCAUCCGCGGCGUCGACGAAGCGUGCAAGCAGAUCACGGCGAGCGCCAGCAAAGUCGACUAUCUGUGCAUGAGCGCCGGAUACUUCCCCAUCGUGGGACAAAUCAAAACCCCCGAAGGCCUCGAGCAAUGCUUCACCCUCUCCUACUGGUCCCGCAUCCGCUUCCUGCACAACCUCCUCCCCGCCCUCCAACAAUCCCCGCGCCCCCGCAUCCUGAGCAUCCUCGCCGCCGGCCACGACACCAUCCUUCGCGAAGACGACAUGGGCCUCGAGCACAACUGGACCAUCCCCAACUUCGCCAAGCAGUCCUCGACCAUGAAGACGCUCACUUUCCACCGCUUCGCCGCCCAGAACCCCGCCUUCACCCUCAUCCACACCUGGCCCGGGUUCGUCCUGACGGACGUCGAGAGGAAGCCGAAGCCGGGGGCGGAGACGAAUUUUCUGUGGCGGUGGACGUUUCCUGUCCUGCGGUCGUUGGGGAGGAUGGUUAUGUCGUUGAGAGCGAUUCCGCUGGAAGAGUCGGGGCAGCGGCAUGCGUUUUUGCUAACGAGCGAGGAGUUUGGUCCCGGGGUGUGGCGGUUCAAUGAGUACUGUGAGCCUUCUCCGCGGUCGGAGGCGCUUGAGAAGUAUGUCAAGGAGGGCAAACAAGAUGCCGUGUGGGAUUUUACCGUUGCUACGUGGGAGAAAGCGCUGGGGAGUGGGAAGUCGUAG